ACGUGUUUCACUGGGACAAUAGUGAGUGGUGCACACUUCCUUCGCCCGGCCACAGAAGACAAAAAAGAGUUGCUGGUGUAACAAUAGGAAGAAUAUAUUCCACUCCUCUCUUGUACACGCGGCUUAUGAGAUGAACGCUCGUCAAGAAGAACGUCCCCUUCAGCAGCAGGAGGAUCCACAGCCCCCCCACAUUAAAGAGGAAGAGGAGGAAGUGUGGAUCAGUCAGGAGGGAGAGUGUCCUGUAGGGCAGGAGGAGGCUGAUGUCAGCAAGUUUCCACUGACUGUUGUCUCUGUGAAGACUGAAGAGCAUGAAGACAAACCACCUGAGUCCUCACAGCUUCAUCACAGUCCAAACGUCUGUGAAGAACAUCUUCUCCCUGAGCAACAGAAGUGGAGCUUCAGGAUGGAGCCACAGCCCUCCCACAUUAAAAAGGAAAAGAAACAGCCACUGAUCCCCCAUUUUAAAGCGGAAGAGGAUGACCCACUGACCACUCACAUCAAAGAGGAAGAGGAGGACUCAUUGACCCCCAAUUUUAAAAAGGAAGAGGAGAAGCCACUAAUAACCCAUUUUAAAGAGGAAGAGGGGGACCCACUGACACCCCAUUUUAAAAAGGAAGCGGUGGAUCCACUGAGCCCUCACAUUAAAGAGGAAGAGGAGGAAGAGGGCAUCAGUCAGCCUAAAUGGUUGGAGGAGUUCCCAGUGACUGGUGUCCCUGUGAAGAGUGAAGAUGAUGAGGUGAAAGGUGAAAGUGAGGAGAGGGGAGGGGGGGAGCCUCCAAGCAGCAGCUCAACACAACACAUGACAACAGAAGCUGAUGGAGACCACUGUGGAGGAUCACAAGCAGACAAGCUCUUAGCUCCACUAUCAGAUAGUGAGGACACAACGUCACACUCUCCUGACACUGAUGAUGAAGACUCUAAAGAUGAUAAGACAUGUCACACUGACAACACUCACUUCACAUCUUCUCACUCUCACAAAACUUUUAAAUAUCCUCGUAAAUUGAAAAGACACAUGAGAACACACACUGGAGAAAAACCUUUUUCAUGUUCAAACUGCGGUAAACAUUUUACUCAGAGGCCAGAUUUAAAAGUACACAUGAGAACACACACUGGAGAAAAACCUUUUUCAUGUUCUAUCUGUGGUAAAGAUUUUACUCAGAGGCCACAUUUGAAAGUACACAUGAGAACACACACUGGAAAAAAACCUUUUUCAUGUUCUAUCUGUGGUAAAGAUUUUACUCAGAGGCCACAUUUGAAAGUACACAUGAGAACACACACUGGAGAAAAACCUUUUUCAUGUUCAAUCUGCGGUAAAGAUUUUACUCGAAGGGAAAAUUUCAAAAAGCACAUGAGAAUACACACUGGAGAAAAACCUUUUUCCUGUUCAAUCUGCAGUAAAUAUUUUGCGCAACGACACUAUUUGAAAGAACACGUGAGAACACACAGUGGAGAAAAACCUUUUACAUGUUCAGUAUGUUGUAAAAGUUUUUUACAAAGUCAGCAUUUGAAAAGACACAUGAGAAGACACCCAGGAGAGAAAGUGUUGAGUUGCAGUGUGUGUGGUGAAAGAUUGUCUUCUAAGUACCAGUGUAAGAAACACAAGUGUGCUGGUGAGAACAGCAGCAGCAAAUGAAACUGCAGGAUUUGAAAUAAACUGUCAAGACUUUAACUUUGACCUUCUAAAAACAUCAGCACAUAGUUUCUAAGAUUUAUAGAUGAGAUAUUUUAGAUUAUUACCUUUUUUCAGUCAAGUACUACACAUGACAAGUGUUUUUUAAAGUUGUUCAUGAUUUAUCCCCCUUUUUUAGAAUUCCUCAAACAUUAUCAAUUUCAGAAAACAUGGGAACGUUUGGAAUGUUUGGGAAAAGUUAAUUAUGUACAUCAUCCCACAGAGCUUUACUGUACAUCCAUCCAUUUGUUCUACCACUUGUCUCUUUCAUUUUAUAUGUAUAGCAUUUAAUCACAUACUUGUCCGCCAAAGGGUGUUGCGUUUUGGAGGAACUCCUUCUGUCAGAGUGCUGUUCACACUUCUUUCACUGCGGAAAUCUACUCACAAAAACAAUCCAAACAGUAGGAAACAAAAAACGAUGGUGCGAAAAAGAGAAGACUAAAUGUGCAUUUUGGAAAAAAUAACAAAAGCUACUUCUAUACACAAAUAAAGUCAACUUGGUUUGGAGUUACAAGACGUGCACACUACAAAACAACACCAAGAUGGAUGGCACUGGGAAUGGCCAAGGUAGCAAAAUACUCAAAGCAUGUAAUCAACUGGCGUGGAGUAGAAUCGCCGAGUGCCAUCCAGCUGUCAAUGUGCUGUUUAAGUAGCACCAGGGUCAAUCGGAGGCAGCUGUGCACUUCCCACAACUCCGCCCACAAAGGCAACACAGGAACUCUAGGAGGAAGGAGAAAUGUAAGAACAAGGUCAACUGCACCAAAAGACGAAAACUGACUGUUGGAGCCAAAUUUCCUUAUUUGCGUAUAUUGUUUUUAUUUUGUUUUCUCUGAUUGAUAGCUGGCUUCAGUUCAUGCUGAAUGUCCCUUUCUGCAGAUUGCUCCGCCCACUUCCUGUUGAGAACCAGGAAGUGUUGACAGGGAUGGGACUGUUGCUAUGGUGCGGUUGCCAUGGUAGCCUCCUUUAAUUGUGUUCAGCUGGGAACACUGGGGGGUGAUUGCAUGGAGGACAAACAGUUUUGGAGCGUGUGGUGUGGUGUGUGGUCAGGUCUCACUGCUGUGACAAUGUGCCAUUCAAGCCAAGGUCAGCAUACAUAAUGUUCUAGAACCUACUUUUCAUUUCAUUUUGAUAGCUUGGAAUAAAGGGAUUGUCAUAUCCAAACACA